AUGAACUACCCUCAGCAACCCUACCCGGGGGUCCCACCGCAGGGCUACCCGGGCUACGGCUAUAACCCUUACCCCCCCGCAGCAUACGCCCAAGACCCAGCCACCGCUUAUUACGCCACGCAGACAUAUUCACCGGCAGAGGAAGGAGCCAACCACUGCUUCCGCUGCAUCUGCGUAAUCAUGCUGGUAUCAUUCAUGUUUACCCUCAUUGCAAGCAUCAUCCUCCUCUUCGUCGUCAAACCCGAGCAUGCCUCCUUCAAGGUAGAUUCCCUCAGCGUCUCCAACUUCAACACAAACCCGGCAAACAAAGUCCUCACGGGAAAAUGGGAGGCCAAAGUGAAUGUGGAAAACGGUAGGACGAGACUCAAUAUCGAGAAUGUGGAGCCCAGUCUGUACCAAAAGGACACCUGGUUGGCGCGCGGGUCGUCCGUGGGUAUAUCGUCCUCCGGGUAUUGGGACGAGUACAAUUGGGGGAGUUCUCCUAGCACGAUUGAGUUCAAGUUCGAGGCCAACAAUGUCUCGGCGCCGGCGGCGGAUAUUGAAAAGGAGAUCAAAGAAACGGGAGGCGUGACUUUCAAUUUGAGGUUAGAUAUGAAAUAUGUGUCGAGGUCUUCUGGGUUUUGGUGGCACUUGAAGAGUGGGAGCAUGAAGGUUACGUGCAAAGAUUUAAAGAUUGGUUUAUCGGUCGGUGCUAAUAGUGGAUCGCUUACUGGUGAAAAAAAAGAUUGUGAAGUUUCCGGUGGCUGA